CACCAAAAUCGUUGUUUCACCGAAAAAAGAAAAAAAACCUCUCUCCCCAAAAAGAAAAAAAAAAACUCUCUAGAACUCUCAAGCUCUGCAACUACCAACUCUGCAGAAAACCCCAAACCCUAAACUCUCAGUCUCUCAAACUCUCGCCAAGAGGAUUUACACAAAACCCCAAACCCCAAACUCUCAACUGAAUCUCAAACUCUAAACUCUCAGACUCUUCAGCUGAAACCCUAACAAACUAUUUAGAAAAUCAAUCUUUCGAACUCUUAGUUCUCACCAAGCGGCAUAACUGGAAUAAUGAAGACUAGCAAGGAAGCAGUAAAGAGAAGCCGAUCAAGCCGUUGGCGAUAAAGACUCGACAGUCCCAAACUGAUAAAGCAUCUCCUUGUGAAAGUGAUCCACUCAAUUCAAAGUUGCAAUCCCCAACAAAAACCAAGUCCGCAGAACCAUCUCUUUCACCUUAAAGUAGACGAUCAUCACCAAGGAACAAUAAGUCAAGAGAUAAAGCAUCUCCAUCUGAAAGUGCUCCACUAACUUCAAAUUUGCAGACUAGCAAGGAUACAUUAAAGAUGAAGGUCAUCAAGAAGUUUGCGAUCAAGUUUUUGCAGAUGAAAAACAAGAAGAACACUCAACAGUCCCCAACUGAUAAAGCAUUUCCAUCUGAAAGUGCUUCGCUCACUUCAAAGUUGCAAAUGCCGACAAAAAUCAAGUCCGCAGAACCAUCACUCUCACCUGAAAGUAGGCGAUCAUCACCAAGGAACAAGAAGUUAGCAGAAGAUAAUGCUGAAACAUCUCCAAAUACAACUCAAUUAAGGCGAACACCGAGGAAUACAAAGGUAACAGAACCAAGUGCUCCAGUUUCUCCAACUAAAUGUGCAACAACAACUCCAAAGCGUCGUCGACAACCUGAAAGUGAUAUACUGUCGUCAUUAACUACAAAGAGACAAGCUACUAGGAAGAAGAAUGUGCAAUAUGAAAGUGCUCAACAUUCACAGUCAACAACUACAAAGUCCCAAUCUAAAAGCUCUAAAGGAGAUAAUAGAAAUUCUGGAGUGGGGCGAAAGAAUGUAAAGCGGAAACUUGACACAAGCAGCACAGGCCCAUGUCUGAAUGUUCAACUUAGAGAUCCAAACGACACUCUUGCAGAUUUGCAAGAUGAAGAGGAAGAGGAAAAUUUACGUACCCAUAAAGUUGUGGAAGAGGAUAAAAAAUCAUGUGCAGCCUGAUGUGGAAGAAGAGAAUGAUAAUGGUAAUGAUGAUAAGCCUGAAUUGUAGAAUGGUAAUAGUUCUGAUAAUGAGGAAGGUUAAGAAGGAAAAGAAAUGAAGAAAAUAAAGUAUGUUCCACGUGGCCCAACCCAGAUGCAUGCAUUGAAGUUAGAUUCUGUUGAACCAAAGAGAACAGUUUCCUUCAACACUAAUGAACAACCGAUCGGCGAUCCAUCUGUGCAACUGUCCAGUGUGCUACCGGUGCUUGUUCGGAAACUUCCGUUAACUUUCAGGGAUUGGAGACGUGUCCCUAUUCAAGCCAAAGAAAACAUAUGGAAGAUAGCCUUGAACCGAUUCAUUGUGCCUGAGUGUUACAAAGACUACUAUUUCAGCAAAAUGGGAUCUUAUCUUAGAGAAGCAAGGUCAAGGAAAGCUGGUUUGGUACUCGACGCUUUGGAUCGGCUCCAAGGGGAAGAAAGAGAGAAACGGCUGGAAAAGUUAAUGCCCAGGACCAUGUCAGUUAGGGAGUGGGAAGAAUUUGUGAAACAUGUAGACUCUGCUGAAUUCAGAGUCAAAAGACUAAAAAUGCAAGAAAAGCGUUCAAAACACACCACCCCACAUACCAUAAGUCGACAAGGUUACGCGUGAUUGGAGGUGCAAUUG